AUGUUAGCAGAGUACAAAGCUCUAUUACGACAGCGAAAUAUUCACCCAGAAGCAAAGUGGGAAGAAGCUACGCUUCCAUACGUGCUCGCUGAGGACGUGACUUUGAACGAGUACGAACAUCGCACUGACGAGUUUAACGUUCAUGGUUUAUGGGAAUGGACAAAUUAUAAAGUCUCGGGCUGUAGUGAUGUUGACGAUACCGAUUCCAGAAUUAUGAGCUGUGGAUCAACUCGAACUCGUGCUGAUGGUUGUGGAAAAGAGGCUGACGCACCAUUUCGUCCAAAGAAAUCAGGAGUGCCUGCACCAACCGGAAGUGAUGGAAAGAGGAAACCGUGGAUUAUUGUAGAAGUCGCAUUUUCUGAAAGUAUAGAUCACGUGUUAAAUAAGGUCAAAAAUUAUUGGUUAAAGGAUCUAAGUCGCGCACAUGACGCAAUAAUUGUUAAAAUCGAUUUGGUUUCUGAGGACGAAGCACCUUCACGCAUGCAAACAGAAGAAUACGAAGAGGAAACAUUCAACAUCGAACUCACGUUAUGUCGAAUAUAG